UCGCCCGGGCGGCCAAGAUGGCGGCGGCGGAGGGGAGCGGGGCCGGGGGGACCCUGUUCCCAGGUCUGGCAGAUGUGUCCAUAUCCCAGGACAUUCCAGUGGAAGGGGAGAUCACUGUCCCUGUGGGAUCUCACUCUCCUGAUGAGGAUUACUCUACACUGGAUGAGCCAGUCAAGGACACAAUUAUGAGGGACCUGAAGGCCGUUGGGAAGAAGUUUGUCCAUGUCAUGUAUCCCAGGAAGAGCAGUGCCCUCCUCAGGGACUGGGAUCUCUGGGGCCCAUUGGUGCUGUGUGUCUCCCUGGCUCUGAUGCUGCAGGGGGGCUCUGCAGACAGCAAGGAUGACGGGGGGCCCCAGUUUGCCGAGGUCUUUGUCAUCAUCUGGUUCGGGGCCGUUGUCAUCACGCUCAACUCGAAGCUCCUGGGAGGCACCAUCUCCUUCUUCCAGAGCCUGUGUGUGCUGGGCUACUGCGUGAUGCCGCUGACCGUGGCCAUGCUGGUGUGCAGGCUGGUGCUGCUGGCGGGCGCGGGCACCGUCAGCUUCAUCAUCCGCCUCAUCGUGGUGGGGGCCAUGUUCGCCUGGUCCACCCUGGCAUCCACGGCGUUCCUGGCAGACAGCCAACCCCCCAACCGCAAGGCCCUGGUCGUGUACCCCAUCUUCCUCUUCUACUUCGUCAUCAGCUGGAUGAUCCUGACCUUCACCCCCCAGUGAGCACCAUCCCAAGGGACUGCUACACUGACUGGACUUUCUCAUGGACACUGCAGUGAAUCCUUGGCUUUAUCUCCUUCUAAUUUAUAUAUAGGGAUACUGUAAAAAGGCAGGUUGUGGGAUAAAGCCAGAGGGCUGCAAAAAGUGCUCAUUUGUUUGUCCCUCUUUGUGAAAGAUGCUGAGGUCCAGCUGCUGAGGGGUUUAUUUAGCCCUGUUCUGUACUGGUGUUAAAUAAACAAUGCCCACUGGACAGGGAUUGUUCCAUCUGAGGAGAGAAUGGGAAAUCCUGGAUGUUCAAGCUGCUGGGAGAUGAAGUUUUUGCACGACUUGGCAGAUUUCGUGCCCGUGCUUGGAUUCUCACUGAAGAUAAAAAUGCCUUAUCAAACCAUAGAACUUCACUGCAACGAUGUGUGGAGAGGAAAGAGACGUGUCUGACUCCUUAUCAUUCCCUUCUAGAGUGGUGGGAUGUGCACCCAGGCAUUGUGGGACUGGGGCUUUCCCAGGGAAGGAGAGUUCAGUCAAAACUCAGUUUUGCAGGGAAUGGAGCUGGUGGCAGGGAGUUGCCUUUGCCCAUAUCCAAAUGUUAUGUAUGUCCAUCCCUUCAUGUGGCAGGAAAGAAGGUUCCAGCUUGGUGCCUUCAGCACUGCCUCUGUGAGGGGACUGUGGGCUCACUGCAAGCUGCAGACCUGUGACCAGAGGGAGCAAAGCUCAGAGUCCUGCAGAAAUGCUGAGACUGCUUUGUAGCAAAGUCUGGGCUCUCACCCUGCAUUUGGGAAGUGAAAAAUCCUUGGGAAGUACCAUGAAUGUGUAUCUAUGAUAAAAACAAGGGGUUCUGUGCAAAAAGUUGAGAUUUUGCUGCACAGGCUGUUUGGGUCAUAAAAACCAUACCAGGGCUUGGGCCCCAAAGUGUUAAAACAGCUUGAAGGAAGGGAAAUAAAUGGUACUGGAGGUGUUGGUUGCACCGAAGCAGAAUGUGAAUUCUGCUCUCACCUGCCUCUGUGUGACUGUUCUUUGGUUGUUCAUGGGGACAGCAAAGAAAUGUGUGCAAAUGUGCAUUUUGUUCCCUUGUACUUCCCAUGAGAUGUCAGACACUGUUCUGUGGGGUUUUAAUUUUGCUUAAUACUUCAAUAAAAGGGAGGGGGCUCCACCAGUCACUGCAGGUUCAUUGUGUACCUCUCCUGGGUACAGGUGUGCAAGAAUCAGGUGCAUUUUGGCACAGCCAUUGGGAGCUGGGAUUUACUUUGGAAACUACAGAAAUGAUUCCUGUUAUCUGUUGUUCUCAUUCAGCAAUCCAUGAAAUAUCUGGGGUGAAAAAGCUGCUGUAAAAUGUCCUUUUCCUUACAUUUGUGCAGACAGACUGAAACUGAGGUCUGUGGGUUCUGCUGAGGUGUGAAUGUGCCUAAUUUCUACUUCUAUGUGCAAGAGCAGUCUGUGCUGUAAACACUGGCAGGGAGUUGGGAUGGAAAUUGCUGAAUUUCAGAUUAAAAGUGCAUUUUUGCAUUAGCGGAUAAUGAGCUGCUGUGUGUGGCAGGGUCUGGCUGUGGCACCAAGGGGCUGGAGGGGAGCUAUGGUGGUUUGCAGACAUGGGAACCAUGGAAAGGGGAAUUUUUAAGCUUCCAUUAAAUUAUUGCUGGUAUGGAAUGUG